ACUUUGUUUCCUUUUCCUUUUGUCGAAAAACUUCUCUCGCUUUCAUAAAAAUUAAGUGGGAGACGAAAAGUCGAUCAAUUUGCUUGGGGUGACGACAUCAUAACACCUCAACACCAAGCAAUAUAUCUUUGCGCAUAUACAAACGUGCACUGAUCGCCUCACCAGGCGAGAAUCAAUCUGUUCGAUCGAUGUCGUGAGAUAUCAUCGGUUGAUCAGUCCACCUCGCUUCACUUCACUUUUUCUUAUUCGUCUUUGUCUUUCAAUUUUUUUUUAUUUUUUUUCAUCUCACUUCCUCACAACGGAGCUCUUGAGGAUCUUUCAUCACUCACUCUUAACCAUCAUUCAGCAAGUCUCUUUCUUCAUAGACUUGGCUUGCGGCGAUACUUCCCCAUCUUUCUUCCUCAGAUAUUGUCCUUGACAGAGCCUCGCGUUGUGAAUACCACCAAAGGGGCCAUCAUGAGUUCCGAUCCUCCGCCUCAUGGCUUCGAGGAGAAGGAGUUGAAAGACUUCAAUCUCAAACAACCACCUCCAACACGAAAUCCAUCCCAAUUCAGCGCCUCACAGCAACAAGUACCAGCACGAACAGACUCACCAAACCCAGCGCCCGAGCAAAAGCAAUCUGCUCCAUCACUCGACACAUUUCCUACUCUUCAAGCACCGCAUGAAACAAACGACUCGACCUCAAUCAGAUCACCUAUUGGACAGCGCGCCGAUGCCAGCCGACUUGACGAUAACAUCGAACUUCUGCGGAUCGAGCGUGCUGUGUCUGCUGAUGAUGCGAGUCAAAUGAGGAAGCGUGCUCAUAAUGUUGAGCCCGAGGAUGCUUUCAAUGCACCUAUUCCCGCCGAGACCUAUCAUAAUGAGAAGAAAGUGGAUCCCGAUGCUUCUUUAUUAAAAUUAUGGAUGUUUCUGAGAAAGUUUCCCCGAUUCGUUCGAUAUGUUGUGUAUUUGAUCCCUGGUGCUGCUAUCCUUCUCAUUCCUGUCUUGCUUGGCGCGUUCGCACUCAAGUCCGACGGCAAGCGACGAGAUGUCAACGGUGUCGAUCUCAUGUGGUUUGGUAUUUGGCUUGAGAUUGUCUGGGGAGUUCUCUGGGUUUCUCGUAUGAUCACAAGUCUCCUGCCUCCAACUUUCAAGCUUGUUGCAAAGCUCUUUGGAUCUACCAACGCCAAGAAGUGGAAGGACAUUGGAUACCAGCUUGACCUUCACACAGCCGUCUUCCUUUGGUUCCUUGCCAUUCUCAUCUCAUUCGAGCCGACUAUGCUGAACCACAACUUCCGGGAUCGCAAGCCAAACUGGGUCAAUAUCAUGAACAAGGUCAUUAUCGCUCUCUUCACUUUGGCGACACUCAAUUUUGUCGAGAAGAUCCUUAUUCAAUGGAUCGCUUUCACCUUCCACCAGCGAACUUACGCUACUCGAAUCGAUAACAAUAAGGCAGAUAUUGGCCAGCUUGUCCAUCUUUAUGAGCAUGCCAAAGCCCACAAUGAGAAGACCGACUACUUCUUCCAGCGCGGCAGCAACUCUGCCAGUGGUGCGCAAACUCCCCUGCAGACACUCCAGGACAACGCCCGAAACGCAUGGAACAAAGUCGGUUAUGUUGCUGGUCGGGUUGGAAAUGAUUUGAUCGGCCGCAAGGUCGACAGCAACCACCCUCGCAGAGUUGUUAAUGAACUGCUCAAGACCAUGUCUACAGCUCACACCCUGGCCCGCCUGAUCUAUCGUUGUGCUGUCAAGGAAGGCGAAGACCUUGUCUACCUUGAAGACAUGGAGAAGAUCUUCGAAACUGAAGAAGAGGCCGAAGCUGCCUUUAUGAUGUUUGACAAGGACAUGAACGGCGACAUCUCACUCGACGAAUUCGAAGCUGUGUGCAAUGAGAUCCAUCUUGAAAAGAAGGCCAUUGCCGCAUCGCUCAAGGACCUUGAUUCGGUGAUUAAGAAGCUCGACAAGGUCUUUGUGUUCAUCAUCAUCGUCAUCACCAUUAUUGUCUUCAUCUCGAUUCUCUCUGGUUCAGCUGCUGCCGCUCUCGGUUCCGCAGGUACUGUGGUUCUCGGUCUGGCGUGGGUUCUUCAGGCCACGGCCCAGGAGUUCCUCCAGUCUAUCAUCUUCGUCUUUGUCAAGCAUCCCUUCGAUGUUGGUGACCGUGUGACUGUUUACGGAUCUACCGGUGACACCAUGAUGGGUGAUGAUUACUACGUGACUGAGAUUUCUCUUCUAUACACCGAGUUUAAGAAGAUGCAGGGUCACAUCGUGCAGGCUCCCAACUCACUUCUCAACAACCUUUUCAUUCUGAACCAGCGACGAUCAAACGGUUUAGCUGAUGUUCUUCCUCUGGUGAUGCGCUUCGGUACUCCUCAGCAUAUGAUUGAUGACCUCAAGGCCCGUAUGACCGACUUUUGUCUGGCGAACAAGCGUGACUAUGCGCCUCGCAUCAUUACUGAGAUGACCAAGGUUGAUGAAGUGCGAUCGUGCAGUAUGAACAUGAUCUUCUUCCACAAGACCAACUUCCAGAACGAACUGCUCCGUCUCAACCGUCAUAACAAGUUUGUCACGGAGUUGAUGACUCAGAUGGUCAACGUUGGUAUCCAGUCACCGUUCCGCAUCGAGCCUGGUGGCAGUCGUGAGCAUCCGAUGUACUGGUCUGGUCUCCAGCCUCCUCCUGCGUAUGGAAAGGAGCCCGAUCAUGGUGGCGUUGAGCUUCACGACAAGCCCGCCCAUGACCGGCCUCUUCACUCUGAAGGACCUCCUCUGAGCCAUGUUUCCUCAACCUACAGCCGCCGAGGCGUCGAUCGCAUGGGUUCCAUUGACAACAAUGUCAACGACUUCCAAGAUGUUUUCGAAAACAGACGAGACAACAUCCACGCACAGCGACUUGCUUCCAUCCGAGAAAAGGAACGGGGCUCCCGAAUCGAAGAUGAGAAGGAGCGUCGUUCGCUUGCCAGUUCUUCAGGAGUAGAUCGCCGUACUUCGACGGAUAGUCGAUCCCGGGUGUUCGGUCGCGUUAGGACUGGGUCUAAGAGCCGACGUCCGGGCGAUAUUGUCUGAGGACUGUUAUGAGAUUAUGAACAAAGCUAGCAUUAUAGAGUUCCAGAUUGGUAUAUCUGGAGAGGUGCAUAAUUUUCUUUUAUUUGCGUUUUUAUCAUGCACAUUGACUGUGCUUUGAUAUUUUGGUCAGAUAGGAUUGUAGAGUAUAGACAGCGAAUAUUCGACAAGAUUGACUUGACUGAUCUGAUAAAUGUCCC